AUGUCUGCAGCCUGGCUCCCGGCGCUCUGCCUCGGUGUGUGUCUGCUGCUGCCGCUGCCGGAGCCCGCGGGCAGCGAGGGAGCAGGUGAGCUAGUUCCCUUGGCCAUCACGUGCACUACCAGAGGCUUGGAUAUCAGGAAGGAGAAAGCAGAUGUCCUGUGCCCCGCCGGCUGCCCCCUGGAGGAAUUCUCCGUGUUUGGGAACAUAGUGUACGCUGCUGUGUCCAGCAUCUGUGGGGCCGCUAUCCAUAGGGGUGUGAUCGGCACCUCGGGGGGACCUGUACGAGUCUACAGCCUCCCUGGCCGGGAAAACUAUUCCUCAGCAGAUGCCAACGGCGUCCGCUCGCAGACGCUUUCCAGAUGGUCAGCUUCUUUCACGGUGACAAAAGGCAAAAGUAGCACCCAGGAAGCCACAGGACAAGCAGUAUCCACAGCACGGCCCCCAGCAGGUAAAAGGCUAAAGAAAACACCUGAAAAGAAAACUGGAAAUAAAGACUGCAAAGCAGACAUUGCGUUUUUGAUUGAUGGAAGCUUUAACAUUGGACAGCGCCGAUUUAACCUGCAGAAGAAUUUUGUUGGGAAAGUGGCUCUGAUGCUGGGAAUUGGAACAGAAGGCCCACACGUGGGCCUCGUUCAAGCCAGUGAGCAUCCCAAAAUAGAAUUUUACUUGAAAAACUUUACAACAGCCAAAGAUGUUUUGUUUGCCAUAAAGGAAGUAGGUUUCAGAGGGGGUAAUUCCAAUACAGGAAAAGCAUUGAAACAUACUGCUCAGAAAUUCUUCACGGCGGACACUGGAGUGAGAAAAGGGAUCCCCAAAGUGGUGGUGGUGUUUAUUGACGGCUGGCCUUCUGAUGACAUCGAGGAGGCUGGCAUUGUGGCCAGAGAGUUUGGUGUCAAUGUAUUUAUAGUUUCGGUGGCCAAGCCUAUCCCUGAAGAACUGGGGAUGGUUCAGGAUGUUGCGUUUGUUGACAAGGCCGUCUGUCGGAAUAACGGCUUCUUCUCUUACCACAUGCCCAACUGGUUUGGAACCACAAAAUACGUGAAGCCUCUGGUACAGAAGCUCUGCACUCACGAGCAGAUGAUGUGCAGCAAGACCUGCUAUAACUCAGUCAACAUCGCCUUCCUGAUCGACGGCUCCAGCAGUGUCGGGGAGAGCAAUUUCCGCCUCAUGCUCGAGUUUGUUUCCAACAUAGCCAAGACUUUCGAAAUCUCAGACAUCGGUGCCAAGAUAGCUGCCGUCCAGUUCACUUAUGAUCAGCGCACAGAAUUCAGUUUCACUGACUACAGCACCAAAGAAAACGUGCUGGCCGUUAUAAGAAACAUCCGCUACAUGAGUGGUGGAACAGCUACUGGCGACGCCAUUUCCUUUACCGUCAGAAAUGUGUUUGGGCCCGUGAGGGACAGUCCCAACAAGAACUUCCUGGUCAUCGUCACAGACGGGCAGUCCUACGACGAUGUCCGAGGCCCCGCUGCCGCCGCACAUGAUGCAGGAAUCACCAUCUUCUCUGUUGGUGUGGCUUGGGCACCUCUGGAUGACCUGAAAGAUAUGGCCUCCAAACCAAAGGAAUCUCACGCUUUCUUCACAAGAGAGUUCACAGGAUUAGAACCAAUCGUUUCUGAUGUUAUUAGGGGCAUCUGUAGAGAUUUCUUAGAAUCCCAGCAAUAGUGACUUUUGACAACUGAAAGAGAAAGUACAAGAGGAUCUAAUGUGUAAAUUGUAUUCUCGUAAUACUGAAAUACUGUAGCAUCAGAUAUAAAAGAUCAGAUAUAAAAGAUGUCAAUAGCUAUUUUAAGCACAUAAGCAUUCAUUUAGAGCUACUACUUUCUGAUUACAAUUUAAUUGUUCAAAACACUCUGCUGAGACUUCAUAAUCAUGACCCACAGAAACUCAGGAGAGGAAAUAUUGUGAAUUAAAGUCCUAAACAGUUCUA